AUGACGGCGACAUCGGCCAAGAAACUGAAAGGCAAGUCGAGGGAGGUCCUGGAAGAGUCUAUAGAAGCGGAAAUACCAGCAGGAAAAUUUCUUGUGCAUACAGAUAAGAAAAUCAGAGAUAAAGCUUUCAAAGGUUUAGUAGCUUUUCUCUCUCAAGGUUCGGGAAAGAUCUCAGAAAUGGAGAUGACUAAAUUAUGGAAGAGUUUAUUUUACUGUUUUUGGAUGUCAGACAAACCUUUAGUCCAACAAGCUUUUGCGAAUGAUUUAGCCGAAUUGUUAUUACUCAUCAACCCUUCUUCUGAACUUGAGAACCAGGAUAGAAAUAUGGAUCGUUUUCAAGCUUCGAUUGAUUUCUUGAAUGGGUUUUGGGAGGCUAUCGUACGGGAAUGGCAUGGUCUUGACCGGUUAAGGAUUGAUAAAUAUCUACUCCUCAUCAGACGAUACGUCAAUGCCACCUUUCGUCUCCUAGCUCGAGAAAACUGGUCGAUAUCGUCUGUGGAAGCUGUGAAUUCUAUCCUCGGUGGACCACAUGGCCCUCUCACAUGGCAAGAUCGUAAAGUUCCUGCUGGUCUAGCGAACCAUCUGGCGGAUGUAUAUUUGGAAGAACUUGAUAAGGUUUUGGCUUUACCAGAAGUAACUUCGAAGUCUCUUUGCCCUUUGGUCUUAAUCCUUCAACCUCAUAUUACCCUUCUCGCUCGAACUCCUACUCCAACAAUACAUUCACGUCUCAUGAUGGCUCUCUUCCAUCCCCUCCUAUCAGCUUUAAACCGGGCUUCACCCAUCGGUGAGGAACACUCCGAGGGAGAGGAACCAUCUGCCAAACGAGCAAAGAGGGACGAACCGAUCUACGCACAUAUCAUCAUGCAUUCCACCGAUGGGCGAGAAUUAGCAGGAGCCGAGAUAGGACCGGGGGCAGGAGCUUUGAAAGUAGCGAUAUUGAAGGCUAUGUUUUCCGCUGCUUCUGAUGAACAUGCGGUAGAGUCAAAUAGACGGAGAGUGUAUGUAGUAUGGCGUGAAGAAAACGGGGAUGAUGACUAG